GAACGAAGCCCAUUUUGAUGCCAGUGGGAUAGGCUACAUGGGGUGCCCCGCCCAAACUUUAAUUAGGAUACGCUUUGCCAAAUAGUAUGUAAGGCGCAUAGAAGAGAGGGAAACAGUUUAAGGGGCGAGUAGGUUUGCGAUAAAAUAAACCAUUGAAAGGGUGCUAUUCAAAAAGACAGUUCAGGACAUAACAACAGAACCAAAGGGGCGCAUUCUCGCGACCGAACUCUGCAGUGUGGAGAAGAGAGGCGCGAUGGUCUCUCUGAAAAACGUUUCUCCUCCAAGUGAUGGAAUACGGCACGAGCAAGCUGAAAUCACGGCUGUUUGGAAUGGCGAGGGGCUUGGACCAGGUCAUCUGUAUGUAGCAGAAGCACGUGUAUCAUGGUUCGAUGGAUCUGGAAUGGGGUUUUCUCUGGAAUACCCAUCAAUCAGCCUUCAUGCCAUCUCACGCGAUCUCACAGCAUACCCAAAAGAGCACCUAUAUGUUAUGGUUAAUUCCAAAUUCAAUGAUAACUGUGAGGACGAUGUGGAGGAAGAAGAUGAAGAAAGUGAUGAUGAUGAUGAUGACGACUGUAACGCUGAUUCUAUAAGUCCUUUUACAGAGAUCCGCUUCGUGCCCAGUGACAAGGCCUCCUUGGAGUCCAUCUUCUCAGCCAUGUCUGAAUGCCAGGCCCUGCACCCUGACCCCGAAGACUCGGACUCUGACUUUGACGAAGAUGAGUAUGAUGUUGAAGAAGCUGAACAGGGUCAAAUCGACCUGCCGACGUUCUCUAACUUUGAGGAGGGUCUAUCCCAGCUCACUGUGGAGGGCCAGGCCACUCUGGGAAGACUGGAGGGGAUGCUGGCUGAUUCUGUAGCCCAGCAACAUCAGUGCAUCACCAGGUCCAAGCCUGAGGAUACCACAGAAGGAUGCUGCAUUGCUAGAGGGAACACUGAGUCUGGAGCACUGGGUGUUUCCGGGCCGUUUGAAGACGCAGAAGUCGACCAUUGAUGGAACAGAGAGACCCUUGUUAGCACCCCCCCAACCAAAAGCACUUUGAAAACGAGAGCGGCAGAGAGGAAUUGAUGUGGGGUGGGGCCUGAAGGCUGGAUUGUGUGACACGGACACUGGGGAGCACCAGGCACUGGGUCUCCAGAAGUAUGGAGAAAUCAAUUUGAAAGUCUACUAAAUGUUCCCCUGGCUAAUCUCUACCUGCGUGUCACCGUAGGCCUCCAUGUCCAGGAAAACUAACCCAAAUAACUAUGGUCACUGUGCCACUUCCAGCCAGCACAUUUCCUUUACCUUCUUUUGGAUUUGUAUGUUCGUUUGUAAGUACAUAAUAAUAAAACAUGGUUUUGUAUGA